AUUUGUCACUUGUAAUUUGGCAGGCGGCGUGCGCGGAUCGGCAGAACCAGAGAUUAGCGAUCGGCAUCGGCAUCGGACUCGAAUCGGCACUGCAAUCGGAAUCGGGAGAUCAACAGUUGUUCCAAGAGAAACCCGCUCUCUCUCUCCAUCUCCAUCUCCAUCCCACCUCCGUCUUCGCAAGUGCGCGUGCGCCCAGGAAUCGGGGAACGAUAUAACCGCGGAAGUCGGGGAGAAGCGGAGUCAGUGCGCGCCGUGCGAGUCGGGGAUCCGCCGUUGUCCUUAAAUCCGUAACCGUGGCGAAGGAACUGGCCAACCUGUUGACGCAGCAGACCAACAGUCCCGAGAUGACUCAACAGCCGCAAUGGGGCAUCAGCCUGUCGAAGUUUUUCGUGAUCCCGCAGCGAGUGAUCCUGGCCAUCAUGGGCUUCCUGGCCAUCCUGAAUGCCUACACGAUGCGCGUCUGUCUCUCGCAGGCCAUCACGGUCCUGGUCGUCAAGAAGAAUUCCACGGACGACGACUCCGAUACUGCGAUCUGCGAACCUGAUGACUUGGACGAGGCCACCAACAAUGGCGGCAGCUAUGAGUGGUCCGAGGAGCUGCAAGGCUUGAUCCUGUCCUCCUUCUACAUCGGCUAUAUUGUCACCCACAUUCCCGGCGGUCUGCUGGCCGAGAAGUUUGGCGGCAAAUGGACCCUGGGCUUGGGAAUCCUGUCCACCGCCGUGUUCACCAUGCUGACGCCUUUGGCCAUCGAAAAGGGAGACUCCGACUGGCUGAUCGUGACCCGAGUGCUGAUGGGUCUGGGCGAGGGAACCACCUUCCCCGCCUUGAGUGUCCUGCUGGCUGCCUGGGUUCCGGCCAACGAACGAGGGAAGCUGGGUGCUCUGGUGCUGGGUGGCGGUCAAGUGGGCACCAUCAUGGGCAACCUGUUGUCGGGGGUGUUUAUCGAUGCCUACGGCUGGGAGUUUGUUUUCUACUUCUUCGGCGGCCUGGGAUGCAUCUGGUUUGCCAUUUUUGUCUUCCUCUGCUACAGCGACCCCACCUCGCAUCCCUUCAUCAAGCCCAGCGAGCGCGAGUAUCUGAUCAAGGAGAUCGGCACCAUUAGCCGCAACGAGGACCUGCCCCCCACCCCGUGGAAGGCCAUCCUCACCAACCUGCCCAUGUUCGCUCUGGUCGCCGCCCAGAUUGGCCACGAUUGGGGCUUCUACAUCAUGGUGACGGAUCUGCCCAAGUACAUGUCCGACGUGCUCCAGUUCUCGAUCAAGGCCAACGGCCUGUACUCCUCGCUGCCCUACAUCAUGAUGUGGAUAGUGUCCGUGGGCAGUGGCUUCGUCGCCGAUUGGAUGAUCCGCCGUCGCCUCAUGAGCACCACGAACACCCGAAAGCUGAUGACGGGUCUGGCCGCCUUUGGCCCGGCCAUCUUUAUGGUGGGCGCCUCGUAUGCCGGCUGCGAUCGAGUCCUCGUCGUGGUUCUGUUCACCAUUUGCAUGGGCUUGAUGGGCGCCUACUACGCGGGCAUGAAGCUGAGUCCGCUUGACAUGAGCCCAAACUACGCCGGUACCCUGAUGGCCAUCACCAACGGAAUAGGAGCCAUCACUGGGGUGAUUACGCCGUAUCUGGUGGGCGUGAUGACACCAAAUGCCUCUCUACUGGAGUGGCGUCUUGUGUUCUGGGUGGCCUUCGGCGUGCUCUGUGUCACCGCCGUGAUCUACUGCAUCUGGGCAUCCGGAGAGGUGCAGCCGUUCAACAACCCACCAAUCCAGCCGCGCACCGUGGACUUCGAGGCGCACGAGCGCAAGCCGGAAGCCGGAAAGCCCAGGGGCCUGGAGCAGAGCUCUUAGAGCGGAUCGCCAACGAAAGUGCCAUAUACACAUGUAAUCUAGUUAAAGUGCUGUCUACGUGGUUCGUGGACUCGUGAUCCGCAAGGAGCCGAUCCCAAUGGCAUUGCCAUACUGCAUACGCCGUGGCUGUUGUUCAGAUUGCUAGUUUUAUAGUAUUCCCGAUCUGGCCGAUCCCUGGCAGAGGCCAACCAACUAAUUUAAGCGAAUUUACUUACACCCCCGAGCGUGCGCAGAGUUCCUCUAUGUGCACACCUGUUUUAGCUAGGAUAACCCAUUUCCCCUAUCCCUUCCGCCGCGCACGCAACGUACUCUCUUAAUUAUUAUUUAGUAUUUAAAUAAAAGGCGAUUUCACGUUUAAGAUUUAGUGUACAUUGAGCUCGCAUUGCCGUAUUGCAAAUCAAAUGAUGAAAUUAUUGUACAUUUUAGAUUGUUGAUCAAUGUGUAAAGUGAAACGUGUUUUAACUGUUCUGUUAGGACAUUACUGUUUUUAUGACGUUAGUCAAAUAAAGUGUAUAAUGCAAACUAAA